GUUUCAACUUAUCUUUCCAGAAGUUGAGAAUCGCGUUGGUGUUCAGUAUAACAUAUAAUUACAGCUCUCGCUGUCAUUGAUAUAAAAUAUCUUGGAAAUAGCUGGACUAGUAUCCGAGGAACAUAUCGAUACCAUAUUCGUAACUUUUCAAGAUGUACAAAAUACUUAUUUUCAGUGUUUUGCUGGUGGUCUCAUAUUCAGCUCCAGUUCCAAAUGUAGAAUCUGCUCAAAAGAUAGACGAUCUGAAAUCCAAGCUUGCCAGGCUACAAGAAGUGUUAAGAGAUCUCAAUGUUCAAGAAAAGCCAACUACCCCAACUCCUAAGUUAUCUCCCAGUGAAGAGAAGAUCCAAGAAAUUGCAGCUCUAUUAUCGCCCAGUGAAGUUGAACUUUUACGGAGUGUGAAAGCAAAAUUAGCAGCUGAGAAACAAAAGGAGGCAUUUGAUCAGGGUCAUUUUGAAGAAAAGGCGAUAAUCAACCUCAGAGGAUCUCAAGAUACCAAUGCCCAACAAGUUGACAAGAAAACAGUUAUCAACCUUAAAAGCUUGAAGAAAACAAAGGAAGCUCCAGACCCAAGUGUUAUAAACCUCAGAGGUGGUCAGAACAUACAAGGUGAUGACGAGGGCUACUUUGAUAGGUUCCAAAGUGAAUUAUUGGAAGAGGCUGAGAGAAGACUACUUGCUGACCUGAGAUAUGCCAAAGACCACAAUAUCAGUAUACAAAGCAUCAUCAAAGACAUCGAAGCUAAAAUGGAGGCAGCAAACAAGCUUUCACAGGAUGAAGAACAGCUUAAUAAACUCAGACUCCGAGAUUAA